CUAUCUAACAAUUCGUGACAUAUAUUGACAAUAAAUCAAUUUUAUAUAUAUUUUUUAACAGUUAUUAAUGUUUACUGAUUAUCUCGACUCUUAUUGGUUGAAACAUUGUCAAAUGACUUCCAUUGCACAAUUAAGCACCAAUCGUAUUCACCUAGCCUACUUAGUCAUAAACAAUAUAAUACAAUCGAAAAAUGUAGACUGUCUAAGCAGUUUGAUCGGAUUUCACCUGACACUAUUACUACAACCGUUGCUAAGAUGCGUUCAUACCUGAUUUUCUGUCUAGCUGUCACCUUAUUCGCUGUCAAUACUUCCAGCGCUGCUACAAAGGAUGAUGAGUUAGCCGAAUCUGUCGAGGAUGUGGCUAAAGCACUUAUCAAUCUUGGCUUAGAUUAUGUGAUCCGAUUAGAUGAAUGGCUUGAUAAAAAUGUUGGCAAGAAAGAGCUGAAAGAGAUUAAACAGAAUUUAGUGAAAUUCAGUCAACUUGCUGUGAAUUUCAUUGAUACAAGUAAUGACCUGUUAAUAUGGCAUAGAUUACUAAUACUACUAAUAAUUUAUUUCUUUGUAGCAUUUGCGAGUAUAUUAACGGAAGACGAUACAGAAGAGGAGGGAAAGAAGACAAAACAUACAGAAUUAUAAAAAUCUCCGUUGUCUGUAUUAAACAAGGAAUUAAGUCUUGUGUAUAAAGAAUGUAAAUAAAAAGUUUCUCUUUUGAAAAAAAA